GUUUGGGCUUAAUGUCCUCUUCGUUGCUGCCUUCUCUCAGUCAUUGCUGUCAACGUCAACGCUUCAAUAUCGUGUUGCAGCAUGGUUUCAGAGGGUCCCGUUUUCUGUCGAUGAAGGUCCCAGAGGUGCUCUCUGUGACAACAGACCUUCCUAAACCACGCCUCGACUACCGCGCUAUUUCAGAGUCGAUAGUGUACAAGUCUCACAACGCCUUCAAUCGCAAGGCUCCACUUCCGAUUGGUGCAUUGCAGUCGGUCGUGCGCCAUUACGAUGAACAGAAGAGACUCUCCAGCGAGUUAGGCUCGAAGCGCCACGCACGCUCGAACUUAGGCGAAAAGAUGCGACAGAUCAAAGAUCCAAUUGAGAAGCAGGUUGUCUUGAAGGAGGCUAAACUUCUCAAGGCGGAGGUCACAGACCUGGAGAAGCAACUUGUGACAGUGGAGGACAUUUUACUGGGGCUUGCAUUGCAGAUACCGAAUGACACACAUCCUGAUGUACCACUAGGUCCAGAGGAAGCUGCUGUGGUACUUUCCACUCAUGGACCGGAUCCCAUUGCCGCCAGUGGCAAUCGUGACCACAUGGAUAUUGGUCGCGCUCUUGGUAUCCUUGACUUCGAAGCGGGGGCGACCGUCACGGGUUCAUCAUGGUAUUAUCUGCUAGGAGAGGCUGCACUCUUGGAGAUGGCUCUGACCAACUAUGCCCUCUCAAUUGCUCUUAAACACGGAUUUCGAUUCGUCACGACGCCGGACGUCGUUCGGGCAGACAUUGCCCUACGAUGUGGAUUCCAACCUAGAGAUCACAAUGCUGAUCCACCUGUUUCGCAAAUGUAUCAUAUUGCAUCUUCGAAUCCUUCUCAUCCCGAACUCGUACUUUCUGGCACCGCAGAAAUACCGCUUGGCGGUAUGUUCGCAAAUCAAAUAUUCACGGAGCAAGCUUUGCCUUUGAAAGUGGUCGGUCUUGGCCGUUCAUUCAGAGCUGAGGCAGGUGCCCGUGGCGCAGACACUCGUGGACUGUACCGAGUUCACCAAUUCUCGAAGCUUGAGCUUUUCGUUGUUUGUAGUGAAGACGCGAGUGAACAAAUGAUGGAAGAACUUCGUAGUGUGCAAACCGAAAUUUUUGAAGGCCUAAAUUUUCCGUUUCGGGUUUUGGAUAUGCCUACCGAAGAAUUAGGUGCUAGCGCGUACCGCAAAUAUGAUAUGGAAGCGUGGAUGCCAGGUCGAGGGAGUUGGGGAGAAAUCUCUUCCGCAUCUAAUUGUACUGAUUACCAGGCCCGUCGUCUCCACAUCCGCUACCGUCGAUCGUCAGGUACGCACAGGCACAGCACACCAGCGUCCUCAUCCGCUUCGACUCAGUCAGCACCUGCGAUACCAUUCGCCCACACUUUAAAUGGCACCGCAGCUGCCAUUCCUCGUCUGGUCGUUGCUCUUAUAGAGAACGGUGCAUGGUUCGACGAAGAAGGCAAGCCAAUGGGUCUUGAUCUACCCAGCACUUUGAAGCCUUUCUGGCAUGGUACAUCUUCGAUCAUACGGUGGACUUGAACAUGGGAUGUUGGCGCGCUAUUUGUUGUCAUUGUCAAGACGAAGGGAACUCAAAAGAAAUAACCCUUGUCUGAUUGACUGGUACCUUCAGGCAGUUGAGACGAGUCCGCCAAGCUUCCAAGUUCGUUAGGAUGUAUAUGUAGGUAGCUGCACAGGCAGCUCUGGUACUUCAAUGAAGCGUUGCGUUUUGCCAAAGAGAUAACGGUUCGGCCUUAGGGGGAAAAACGCGCACAUGUCAUAACCUAUUUUUGCUCCAGAAUACCUAGGCUUGACCCAUUUUCAGCCAUGGCCAACGAUCCAUGAUACAUAUGGUACAACUGCUACUCAGCUAUGAACUAUGCUACCUCGCUGCCCAGCGUAUCUUGUAAAAAAAAUUACUGCAGAAAGGUCACCUGGCUUCGCUUCAUCAUUCCUCAGACCGUUGUAUAUUCGAUCCACCCAUCGAACGA